UUAUGACUCCGGAAGCGGCGCCGCUGCCGCGCUAGUUGUGUCUCUGCCAUCAUGGCUGCCGGAUCGCUGCCUGCCUCCAUGGCUCCGUACUUUCCCGGGUACCGGCCCUUCGACCCGGAGUCCCUGGGGCUAGGGGCGGAGUUCCGCCUCACCUCGUUCUCCGAUAUGAAGGGCUGAGGGUGUAAGGUCCCGCGGGAGACUCUGCUCAGGCUCCUGACGGGACUGGAGGAGGGAGAGCCCCGGGAGGCGGGCGGCGGAGGGGAGUCGGAGGGUUUAUGUGUGCUGCAGGACGGAGGGAACCCGCGGCUAGGUAUUGGGAUGGACUCGUGUGUGAUUCCUCUAAGACACAGGGGACUAUCCCUGGUUCAGACCACUGACUUCUUCUAUCCAUCUGUUGAAGACCCUUACAUGCAGGGCCGCAUUGCCUGUGCUAACGUGCUGAGUGACCUGUACGCCAUGGGAAUUACUGAAUGUGACAAUAUGCUGAUGCUUCUUAGUGUCAGCCAGAAGAUGACCGAGGAGGAGAGGGAGAAAGUCACACCCCUCAUGAUUAAAGGUUUUAAGGAUGCUGCGGAAGAGGGUGGCACCUCUGUAACUGGGGGCCAGACUGUGAUAAACCCCUGGAUCAUCAUUGGUGGAGUGGCUACAGUGGUUUGCCAGUCAAAUGAAUUUAUCAUGCCACACAAUGCCGUUCCAGGAGAUGUCCUUGUGCUGACAAAGCCUCUGGGGACACAGGUGGCUGUGAACGCCCAUCAGUGGUUGGACAAUCCUGACCGCUGGAGUAAGAUCCGUCUUGUGGUGAGCAGAGAAGAAGUUGAGCUGGCCUAUCAGGAAGCCAUGUUUAAUAUGGCUACUCUUAAUCGUACAGCUGCAGCUCUGAUGCACACGUUUAAUGCCCAUGCUGCCACGGAUAUUACUGGAUUUGGGAUCUUGGGACAUGCUCAGAACCUCGCUCAACAGCAGCAAAGUGAAGUUAGCUUUGUUAUCCACAAUUUGCCCAUUAUCGCCAAGAUGGCAGCCAUCACAAAGGCCUGUGGAAACCGCUUUGGUUUACUUCAAGGGACAUCAGCGGAAACAUCUGGUGGACUUCUCAUUUGCCUUCCCCGGGAGCAGGCUGCGCGCUUCUGUGCAGAGAUCAAAUCGCCAAAGUACGGUGAGGGACAUCAAGCCUGGAUCAUCGGCAUUGUAGAAAAAGGAAAUAGGUCAGCACGUAUCAUUGAGAAACCACGGAUUAUUGAAGUGACCCCGCGAGGUGCUGGAACAAGCGACAGCAGCACUACACCAAGCCUAGAUGGGACAUGCUAAAUAAACAACCAACAACCCACAAAUCUGUUUCAUGGCAGAACUGGAACUUACUUGUAUAACUGUAAACCAUGCAUUAGGAUAAAAUGCUUACAUUGAUUGGCAUUAAAUAUUUCAUAAUCUGAAAUGGCAGCUGAAAUUGCACCGAUGGAACUAUAAAUUGAAUGAUUAUUUUGUUCUCUUGAUACAAACGGAGGACUAUGGCGAAGCCCAAAGAUGGAAUGAUUUUUAAUGACACAUUGGUUAUUUUCUCACCUAUACUCCUAGGUCCAGGCCUGAGCAGCUGGGUCUAUGUGUUUAGGAGCAGAGGAACUGAUCUCCUGGGAACCCCUCCUAUCUAUGAAGCCUCUCUUUUAAACCCAUUUUUGGGCUGGAUGAGGUUGACACUAUUUCGGAAGAGGGGGAGGAAGGGUAAAUACAUUCUUGGGUUAUGCUUUCAGAUUGUUUUCAAUAAAAUACCAUUUUUUUUUGUUGAUGAAA